AUGGACUCUCCACGACGGUCCCGGAACCGCGCUGCGUGUCGGAGGUGUCAGAGACGGAAGAUCCGCUGCGAUGGGGAUCUGCCCCGCUGUGCAUCUUGCAAAAAGGCUAGUGUCGCUUGUGUCACUGAUGGCAAGCAAGAGGUCAGCCGGACGUAUAUCGCAAAUCUUCAAAAAAGGGUGCAAUGGUUGGAGUCUUUGAUCAAGGAACAGGACUCUACAGUUCGUCUAGAAGAUGGCCCGCAAGUUGACUUGUCGGACAUUUCACUCCUAGAGCCCACAGAGGGGGGAACACAGCUUGAGCCGGCCACAUCAGAAGAUAACCGAGCCCAGCGACCAAAUACACCCCAUCACGAACAAUCAGAGCAUGCACAGCAUGCAGACCAGCUGCUACCCCGUACUCAAUCAAGACCUGCUCAUGAAAUUGGACUUGUCUCUCUUUCUUCCGGGGGCGAGCCAAGAUACAUCGGUCCCUCGAGCGGGUAUUUUCUAGCUAAUCUCGUGUUCUCGAACGCUGGUCGUCGCGCGGGAUCAUCUAGGGAUAAUGUUCAAAGCAGCACCGAGGGCUCGAAUCGGCCCAUGUCUCUCUCGUCAGAUUUCUUCAACACCCCGGCUCAACUUCCGAACCGCAAAGAAGACGCCAUGGAGCUUACCUCAAAGUUCUUCGCCUCAGUGCAUUUAAUAUACCCAUUUCUACACGAGCCCUCCCACAUGGCCAGGCUGGAAAGAAUGUACGCUUCAACCAGUCACGACCCGGUUGAUGUCUUCCACGUCUAUAUGGUACUCGCCAUAGCAGCUUCGGACCUUGCAAGGAGGUUUAGAAUCCCCCUUCCAGCCGAAGGGUAUUACACAGCAGCAACAGAGCACUUUGAACUUGCAUGUGCCGAGGGUUCUCUUCAGGGAAUCCAAAGUCUUUUGCUACUGAUGGUCUAUGGCCUCCACAAUCCGUCAUGCGAUAUCAAUGUGUGGAGCGUAAACUAUCAAUGCCUGAGCGCGUUGAUCGAUCUGGGCCUUCAAAGAGACGUUCGCACGUCACCAGCAUUUCCUAUAUCAUAUUUGGAGCAGGAGAUGCGGACUCGCAUUUUUUGGGUCGUGUACAGCUUCGAUCGCACGCUGGGAACGAUGAUGGGACGACCAAUCGGCAUAAGAGACGAAGCUUGCGAACUGCGUGUAGGUGAUUCUCUCAGGAUUUUUAUUAAAGAAUUGACUGACGAAGAUAAGCUUCCCUCCCAUGCAUCCGACCAUGAUCUUCUUGGGCCGACGGCCACGGUCGGAUCUUUGGAUACCCCGACGUCUCAUAUGACGUUUUCGAUUCAUCUCUUCAAGUUGGCACAAAUAAAUUCGGAGAUAAAAUAUGUCAUGCACAGCAUCUGUAGGGACACACCGCGAUAUGCCUACCCCCCAGUGGCAGACAUCCACUUAUGGCAGAAGGAGAUGAUCGAUCGCUUGCAGACAUGGCUUGCAGAGAUACCUUCCGCGCCUUCAACCGACACAAUUGUGAAGAUUUGCGAAUGCAAGUACCACGAAAUGAUGAUCUUGAUUCUCCGACCGAGUCCCGGGAUUCCAGACCCGUCAGAAGAAAUGCUUGGCCAGUGCUUCCAGCAUGCUGUGCAUCUUCUUCGUGGUUUCGGGGCGCUUUACCGACAGGAAGCUCUGGUAUACAGCCGACUAGUCGUGCACUCAAUCUUUUUGAGCACUCUCAUCAUGCUCCAUUGUCUAUGGAGACUUCCCCGCGUCGCCUCCGACGUCCAAAUAGACGAAUUGACAGCUGACACGAGCAUCAGUCUGAACAUCCUGAGCAGCAUUGGAGAGUAUUGGACUGAAGCCAAACGGGCCAGAGACUGCAUACACGAGCUAUCUGGAGCAACCGUCCAAAGACUCAUCAAGAUGAGAAGUCUUGAAUCCUCUUCGAAUCCGGCUCGACCUGGCACCAGUCAAUUGAGCUCCAGCGGAAGAGUCUCAAGAACACAUACCGCGAAUCAAGUUGAACUGCUUCCAGCGCCUCGGCCUGAUUCGGGUGUCGAGAAUGUGUCAGAGAACCCAUUCAUGGAUGAAUACGAUCCCGCCCUUGAUUCUAUGAGCUGGCUGCAUGAUACUAUGCCAGGGGGCUUUAUGGACUUUGGAGGCGCUCCGGAUUUUGAUACUUUGAUGUGGGAAGUUUUCAAUUCCAACUCGCGCUAG